AUGUCGUCACAAUCAGAACAACUAGACCUGUCACACCAAAGAUCUGUAGGUCCAAAGAUCUACAGUCCAAAGAUCUACAGUCCAAAGAUCUAUAAUCCAAAGAUCUACAGUCCAAAGAUCUACAGUCCAAAGAUCUACAGUCCAAAGAUCUACAGUCCAAAGGUCUGUAGUGCAAGGAUCUAUAGUCCAAAGAUCUACAGUCCAAAGGUCCAAAGAUCUACAGCACAAGGAUCUAAAGUCCAAAGAUCCAUAGGUCCAAAGCUCUACAGUCCAAGGAUAUAUAGGCCAAAGAUAUGUAGGCAAAGACCUGUUCAUCCAAAGAUCUACAGUCCGUUGAUUUAUAAUCCAAAGAUCUGUUGGUCCAAAGAUCUACACUCUAAGAAUCUUUAGUCCAACAAUUUGUAGGUCCAAAGAUCUACAGUCCAAAGAUCAAUAGGCCAAAGAUCCAUAGGUCCAAAUAUCCGUAGGUCCAAAGAUCUGUUGGUCUAAAGAUCUACAGUCCAAUCCAGGACUCAGAGGUGAUCCGCUGCACAUAGACAAAACGUCUGUUACACUUAAAGAGUAUUGUUGUAAUUUUUUUAAGUUUC